AGCCGCCAGCAGUUCGAAGACGGAAGAUCGCGGGCGCGGGUGACGGAAAAGAGCGCGCCAGCGCGUAACCUGUCUUGGACCUUUUUCUGCGCGAAGAAAUCCGUGCAGAAAGAACCUCCCGUCGCAUAGGUCGUGAUGGGCUGGGGCGGCUGGGGAAAAGAGGGCGGCUGGGGCAAAGGAGGUGAGAAGGGCGGCAAAGGCGGCUGGUCCCCAUGGCAGCCCAUGUUCAUGAAGUGGGGCAUGAAGGGCAAAGGCUGGGGGAAGGGCAGCAAGGGCCUGAAGGUGGAUCCAGCCUUGAAAUGUUGGAUCGGCAACCUGCCCGAGGGCACCUCGUGGAAAGCCUUGCAGGAGCAUAUGAACCAGGCAGGCAAGACCACGUGGGUGGAGUGCUUCAGUGGUAAAGGCGCCGGCACUGGAGGCGUCUCCUACGCCACCGCCGAAGAGGCGGCGAAUGCCAUCACCAUGCUCAAUGGGAGCCUCUUGAAUGGCCAAGCGAUCAUGGUAGAUGUAUGGGUGAAGCAGACGGAUGCACCCGCCUCCUAGAGGCGCGGCGAAGCGGCAGGAGUAUUCGUUGCGCCGAAGCUGAUGCGAAAUGUGCGUGUGG